GUCAUUUUCCCUCACAGAUUUCCUCACGUCCUUCGCUUUCCUCACGUGGCUCUGAGGUGGCGGUCGGGGGUGUGGGGUUGAGCCUGCACACAACGCGGCGGUUCAGGCAGAGGGGCGUCAUCUCUGCCAAUACAGCACCAAGAAGAGCGAGGAGUCAGCAUCAGGUGGUGGUGUCCGGCUCGAGGAAAAUGACCCCGGGCACGGCUGUCGAAGGUGAAGCGAGUUGCAGCUUAGAGGUUUUAAAUUGCUCAAAAUUACCCUCACUUUCGCUGCACGCCGUGACCUUAGUUAUGAUUCAUGACGCUAUUCCGUUAAUUGUUUCUAAAGGAAUAUCACUUGGUGCGUGUUUGGAGGUAUUUCACGAUCGACAUUAAAAUGCAAAUAAAAAUGCCCUUGUGGGGUCUUUUGCCCUGGCGUGGGACUCACUGCCUGGCGCACGACGUGACACAAGCAAUCCUUCGCUACAGUCAACCUGAAACAGUUAUGCCCAUGCACGACACGCCACUAAACUGUUGAAAGUACACGGUAACGAGUAUACGCUGCCUAUACAAUGAUUUAUUAAUUAUUCAUGAGGCAACGAUGAACAAUGGGUCCUGCGGUCACAUGUGUACGAGAGCACGGCUCGUGUCUGGCAACGCGGGGUGAGCGCUAGUCUGAUCCUCGUUUGAAGAGUGUUGGUGUUGAUCUUACUUCUUAAACGUUUUCUUAAGCUACGUGGAAUUGUGUGCCUCGUCCGUGCGCCACUUGUUGCACCGCGUGACGCAAGCACCGUGCCUGUGUCGAGUCGCCUUCAUUCAAGGGAUCGCUGAGGAAGGCACGAGGCUGGCGGGAUAGUUUACCUUGUCCCGAGUCCUGCCUGGUCGCUGACACUGUCCCCAGACUGACCGGAACUUCUUUGUGAGGAGCACGGAGGUGCAGCGACACAGAGUGAACUUUAACUGAUAACGCACUAGAGAGGCAAGCACCAGAGCCUCGACGAGGUCAGCGUGUGGCGGCUGGCGGCGAGGUGCUUGACAGGGAGUCCAGCGUUUGUUUGACCAGCCAUAAUCCCAACAAACCUUACACGUGAAGGUAAUGAUGGCCACUUAGCAGCGGGAUAGGAAAUGCCGGCCCGUGAGAGGACUCACCAGUCAGUGAUUUGGAUACUGCUUACCACCUGAGUGUCAGCCUUAUCACCGAGAUGGAAAAAGUGACUGAGAAAAAUACUAUGAGCAACGGUGCUCCGGCGGGCAUGAAUAGAGUGGUGUCUCGCGUGAACAGGAGCGCGAGGUGCCGCUGUUGCCUGUGGAUGGUGGCCUUGUGGUGCGCCGCCACAGUGAUCUUCAUGCUGGCGGGAUACGACAGCGUGGUGCACUCGGUGGCCGUGAAUCAGAUGGUGCUGCGUCAGGGCGGCCAAAAGUAUGAGUCCUGGAUAGACACACCUGUCCCCGUGUACUACAAGGUGUAUGUCUUCAACCUGACCAACCCGAAGCAGUUCAUGGCGGGCGGCAGACCAAGAGUUCAGGAGCGUGGCCCCUACGUGUACCUGAUGAAGGAAAGUAAAGAAGAGAUUAAGUUUCACUCCAACAGCUCCGUCACCUACAGAACCAAGCCUUUGUACUUCUUCCAGUCCGACAUGUCGAAUGGCUCCGAGGACGACGUACUGGUCACUGUCAACAUUCCAUUCGUCAACGCGGCAGACGCCGUCAAGGACCAGGGCUUCUUUCGGGUAAUCAUACAGAUGGCAAAGAAGAUUCACGGCUUUGAGACGGUGCGAACCCUGACGGUCGGAGAGUUGCUGUGGGGCCACAAGUCGCGGGUCAUGGAGUGGGCCAGGACGCUGCAGGAGCUGCCCUACCCGCACCAGCUCUUUGGCCUCCUGGUCGGGUUUAACGACUCCAUCCAGGAGCCGUACACGAUGCACACAGGCAAGGGCGACGCCGCCAAGAUGAACCAAAUCCUCUCCUGGAACGGGCGCCAGCGACUGGACUUCUGGAGCGGCGACAAGUGUAACGAGAUCCGGGGCACCGAUGCUAACGGUUUCGCUCCCGGAGUGACGAAGGAAGAUAAAUUAUACAUAUUCAACGGGCAGCUGUGCCGCGCCAUUCCACUAGUGUUCAACGAAACCGUCAUGCAGUCUGGCAUCGCCGCCUACCGCUUCGUGCCGCCUGACGAUGUGUUUGCCUACGGCAGCAACCACCCCGAGAAUGCGUGCUACUGCAGCGGGAGCGGCUGCCCCCCAACGGGCAUCCUGGACAUGAAGCCGUGCUAUUGGGGGGCCUCCAUCGGCUUCUCAUUCCCUCACUUCUACAAGGGGGAUCCCCGGCUGAGGCACAUCGUCCAAGGACUGAGGCCUGAUGAGGAGAAGCACAGGACGGAGUUCGAUAUCUACCCCGACCUUGGUGUUCCUCUCCGCGUCAAGCUCAGAAUGCAGAUGAACGUCAUGCUGGACCGUAACCAGCCUCUGGAGCGCGCCAGGCACUUCGACGUGGUGCUGCCGGUCUUCUGGUUCGAGGUGGGCGUGGACUCGCUGCCCGGGGACGUGGUGGGCUUGCUCAAACUCGCCCAGAAUCUGCCGCCAGUCGUCAAAACAACCAGUGUCACUCUCUGCACAGCUCUCACGCUAAUAUUCUUGCUCCUCCUCCUUGCUCAGACAAUAGCUACGUGGUGUGGCUGGGGCACCUCCAAGGCAAUGAAGCGACCACUCACCCCAGAGGACCUCCCGCACCUCUCCCCCUGCCGCCCCAUGAGCACCCAGUGGCAGUAUGAUGAACUCCACAAACCACCGAGGUGUGGGAAUUCGUUCCAUUCCACUCCCAGUGUCAAGAGCUCGACAACCCCCCAGCCACUUACCCCAGGCCUUGACAUACCGAUAAUAGACAACCACACCUUGCUCCCUCCGUACAGGCCCCGUGGUGAGGGGGGCCAUGAACCCCUGCCACAGCCUGAGGACGGCGAGUACAGCAUCGACCAAGUGCCUCCACCUUACAGCCCAGGGCCACAGCAGCGCACAUCUUCCACAGUGUCCGUAGAAAUCCAUACCACAGCCUCGGAUGAUGAGCUACAGGACCUUCCCAGUGGCUCCACAACAGCGAGGUCGCCAGUGGACACUUCGCCCGAUCAUGAUUCAGCAGCGGACGGUGAAGUGACUGAGCCUGAAUCUCCCACAGCUCCACUAGCAAGACUAGAGGAGGAGGAGACGUCAGAUACUGAGGAGAAUUCAGAGCCCUCGCCAGAGUACCCAUCUGAGCCCCAAAGGUCGCCGGGAAGCCCUGCCCCCCUCGCCACCUCUAGUCCCCAGGGCUCAGUGGCUAACACGAGUAGGCGGAGUGAGAUGCCGCCACCGCUUGAGUCAGACUUAUGAGUGCGUGGCAUUGAGACUCGUGCGGAUGUGUUGUAUUUAUUGGAUUGUCUUCCUGUGUUCACAAUCUCAGUGAAGGCUAAACUCGUCUGCUAAUAUUUGCGGUCACUAGCAAGCUUGCAGUCCUUCAGUGAUAUGUAGUUUUCUGCUUUUUUACAGUUUUAUACUGGAGAGAACACAGUACACGAAGGUUAAAUUUGGUCUAACUGUUUGUAUUGGGCUGGACAAAAGCACUAUUCUCCCCCAUACUUUAGUCAUUUUUAUCUAUCAGUGUUGGUGUAAUUUAUAAGUUUUUAGCAAUGAAACCAAUGAAGAAUUUAGGUAAUUGCAACUGUGUUCAAAUAUGGGAUCCAAGAAUUCUUUUUAAUAAUUGCUAAAAAGGCUCAGGAUUUUGACCAUAAAUAAUUUAUUUUGUCAUGGAAACAGGCCAUGAUUUGAAGACGUACCUUAUUCACUCCGGAUUCCAUAGACACCUUGUUUUUAAUGGAUUUUUACAUCUCAGAUUUUAUCAGUAGGUGUUUAUUAACUUUAUUUAUUUUGAUAAUUAUUUUGAAAAUAUUUAAGAUGAACUUUUGCAACUUUUUUUCCAUAAACAAAGGAUCAUUGAUCUUGUAUUUGAUGCUAUAAAAUCUGCGCUCACACUCUUAUUUUUGCUUACGCGGUUAAAAAAGCAAACAAGCAUUCAGGAUCUGUAUAUUGAAAUGUGCAUAAAGCUUAAAGUUAGCUUCCUUGCUAUAAUCUGGCUUUUAACUUUGAUGUAUUUCAUAUAUCAGAGAGUUAAUUAAGGGAAGGCAUUGCAAUUAGUUAUUAUGUACUAUUUAUAUUUUAUUUAAUUUAUCUGAGGAAUGUUAUGUAUGUUAGCACUCACUGUUUUGUUAUCCUCUUUUUAGAGUAGUUACCUAUCUAACUUUAUUUCAUUGGCAAAAUGCAUUUUUUCUUUUUGGUUAAAUGAAGAAUUACCACAUACAAAAAAAAAGUAAAAAACACUUGUGCUUGAUUGGAAUUGCAAGGAUUUUAAGAUAUAUAAAAGUGCAAAAGAAUGUGUGAUUUUAAGAUGCCUGUAAGUAUAAAAAUACCAGAUGUAGCUGAGUAAGAUUUACAGAGCAUCAUGUGAUAUAUGGUAGUGUAAUGAAUCUAUCCUAUACCUGCUUGUAUAGUUGCCAGUCAUGUGUCUUUCAGUGCAUUGUUGCAGUUAUUUUAUGUCCAAGCUUGUGACUAAUGAUACCUUUGUAAGAAGAUAAGAAAGCUCUGUGUGUGUAGCAUUGUGGUCCAGCCUCUGACAAGCAUUCAGUCUUCUUGAAUGUGCUUAGUAAGACUCAUGAAGCUUGUGUGAAGGGAACUGUUGGCCUGACAGAAAAGCACUUGAGAGUAUUUUGUCUCCUUAUAAGUCAUCUUCAGAUAAGUUUGUUAUCUUUAUGUAUUGAUGACGUCAUCUUCAAACACCUGAAAAAGAGUGUUGUUGACAGUCCUGAUAUGCCUUAGUGGACUCUCAACACAAGUGGAUGGAAUACACUCAAUAAUCUUCAUGCUAAGUGCUCCAGAUAUAAUGGAACUGUGAAUACAUAUUGAAAAGUAGCUACAGUGAUGGAACACAUAAAUCUU